AUGUCUCGUCGCAACAGCAGCGUCGUCGCUGUCGACAUCGACCAGCAGCGCAAGCUAUCUGUCGCCAUGCCUGACCACAGGCAGGUCGCCUACGAUGCCAGCAAGGCCACAGAGAUGGAACAGAAGAUGUCUCUGCGCGAGGGUAUCCGCCUCUACCCUAAGGCCGUUGCUUGGUCUGCCUUGCUCUCCACCGCCAUUAUCAUGGAGGGGUUUGACAAGGUCCUCAUCGGAUCUUUGUUUGCCGCUCCCGCUUUCAAGCAGCGUUAUGGUUCCCAGCUCCCCGAUGGAUCUUGGGAAAUCACCGCAGCAUGGCAAUCCGGCCUCACCAACGGUGCCUUCGUUGGUGAGUUCUUUGGUCUUCUCCUCAACGGUUACAUCGCGGAUCGCUUCGGGUACAGGAAGACAAUGAUGGGCGCUCUCUUCGCCGUCAACCUUUUCAUCUUCAUCGUCUUUUUCGCCCAGAAUGUCGAGAUGCUCCUCGUCGGUCUCAUCUGCUGCGGUGUUCCAUGGGGGGUGUUCCAGACCCUUACUUGCACAUAUGCCGCCGAGGUUACUCCCGUUCCCCUGCGUCCCAUCCUCACCACCUACGUCAACCUCUGCUGGGUCAUUGGCCAGUUCCUCGCUUCCGGUGUCCUCAAGGGCGUUGCGCUUCGUCCCGAUGAGUGGGCCUACCGCAUCCCCUACGCUCUGCAGUGGCUUUGGCCCACCCCCAUCUUCAUCGGUAUCUACUUCGCUCCUGAGUCACCUUGGUGGUUGGUUCGUAAGGGCCGCGACGAGGCUGCCAAAUUCAUGCUCAACCGCCUUACAUCCGCCGAUAAGCACCCUGACUUCAACGCGAACGAGACCAUUGCUAUGAUGCGCCACACCAACGAGCUCGAGAAGGCUGUCUCCGAGGGUACCUCUUACAUUGAUUGUUUCCGCGGAACCGAUCUUCGCCGCACUGAGAUUGCUUGCAUGACCUGGUUCACUCAGGCAUUCUGCGGUGCCGCUCUCAUCGGAAACUCGACAUACUUCUUCGUACAGGCUGGUCUCGAUGAGUCGAACUCCUUCUCCAUGUCUCUCGGUCAAUAUGCCAUCGGUGCCGUCGGAGUCUUCAUUGCCUGGGCUCUCAUUCCUCGUAUUGGACGUCGCACUCUCUACAUCUGCGGUGAUCUGGCUAUGGUCACCAUCCUCGUCAUCAUUGGAGCCUGUGGAACCAUCAACAGGGGUAACACGGGCGCUCAAUGGGCUAUCGGUGCCCUUCUCCUUACAUUCGCCUGCGUCUACAACAUCACCGUCGGACCCGUUUGCUACGCCAUCGUCGCUGAGAUCCCCUCUACUCGACUCCGCCAGAAGACUGUUGUCUUGGCCCGUAACUUCUACAACCUUGCUUCCUGCGUCGGAAAUGUCCUUACUCCCCGCAUGCUCAACCCUGGUGCAUGGAACUGGGGGGCUAAGACCGGUUUCUUCUACGCUGGCACUUGUUUCGUCUGCUUCGUCUGGGCAUUCUUCCGCCUCCCCGAGCCCAAGGGCCGCACCUACGCCGAGCUCGAUAUUCUCUUCGAGAAGAAGGUGCCCGCCCGCCACUUCGCUACUACCACUGUCAAUAGCUUCCACGCCGAGGGCGACUCAGGCUCCGACUAUGGUGUUGAGAAGGGCGCUCACACUCACCUCGAGGCUGUCAACUCCAAGGAUAUAGUAUAG